UAAAUUCUUCCGGUUUAGAACCGUUGCUAACAACAACUUCCAAACUAAAAGAAAAUGGCUCGAUUUUCAUAAGUUUGAUUUAGAAUUCUCUGCGUUGAAAAAAUAAGAAAUUACUUACAUCACGAUGUUAGGAGGUUCUUUAGAACAUCAGGAUUCAGAGGAAGAUGGUAAGCGUUACUGCUUCGUUGUCGACUGGUACGAUGCUGUUGCUUCACUGACACGGCGCUACCAGUUUCUCUACUACCCUAAAGACAAGUCUGUGGAAAUGGUAAGUAUAAUUAAAUCUAAUGAAUUUAUUGGGGAAAAGACUGAAUUUAUGGACAAAAGAAAUAGGAACAAACCAACAACACUAUGUAACAGCUGGUGUGGUGGUGGUGGUGGUAGAGAGACAGUAGAUGUUGAUAUAUUGUUCACAUUUUCUUUCUACCCCUGCAAUCCUAACAGCAAGUACCCUGUAACUGAUGGCUAUUUAGCAUGCAAUGUUAAGUCUAGUGCUUUCAAUGGCUGGUUGGAAAGCAAACUUUUCGACCAGACAUGUUUGCACCUAUCCAAAAUAUUUUCUGAUAUUUUCUUGGUGACACGACACUUUUUUUUGUUUUCUUUUUCCUUUUCUUUCAGAACUCUUGGCUUGCUGAAUUCGAAAGCUGUUCCGAAAAUGGGAGAAAUGCUUGAAUUUAUUCAGAAUAAAGGAUUAAAGAUAACAAAGAUGAAGAUGUGUGUGCUGACGCGAGCAGAAGCUGCAGAAUUUUGUGUCGGUUAUAAGGACAAAGAAUUUUACCUCAAGUUGAUAGAUAACAUGACAUCUGGUCCUGUAGUGGCUCUGGAAUUAUUGGGAGAUGAUGCCAUAUGUGCCUGGUUAAGAGCGAUAGGUCCUGAAAAUGCAGAAGAGGCUGUUGCAAGUGCUCCACUGACUGUAGCUUCUCAGUUUGGUGAAGCUAAUCUCUGCUAUGGACCAAGAUGUGCCGGUGAAGCAGCACAGCAGCUAGAAUUUUUCUUCCCAACUUCUGGUGGUAUUAUUCGUAGGAACUCUGUUGUCCUGGAAGAUUGUACCUGUUGCGUGGUCAAACCACAUGCUGUCCUCAGUGGGCUUGCUCCUAAAAUCAUAAAAGCAAUAACAGAUGCUGGUUUUGAAAUAACUGCGAUCCAGAUGUUUCACUUGGAACGAGUCUGUGCUGAAGAAUUCCUCGAAGUGUACAAAGGAGUUGUGCCAGAAUAUCCAUCGAUGGUCACUGAACUGACCAGUGGACCAUGUGUGGCUAUUGCUCUGCGGGCAAAAGAUGCUCCGAAGGCCUUCCGGGAAAUGACUGGUCCUGCUGAUCCUGAGAUAGCUCGACAUUUACGACCACGCUCACUACGUGCCCUUUUUGGAAUUGAUAAAAUCAAAAAUGCUGUCCACUGCACAGAUCUACCUGAAGAUGGCAUUUUAGAAGUUGAAUAUUUCUUCAAGAUCUUAGACAGAUGAAUUUGCCGGAUUUAUUUAAUUUAUUUGUUCCAUAUUCACCAUGUGUUUUAAAGAUAUUCAUUAUUUUGUGAAUAAAGGCUUUGAAAACUC